ACACUGUCGGCAAAAUGAGGGAAGUCAAAUAGAUUUAGGACAAAAUACGAUCACAGCUCUUGUACCUGUACCUCGAUGGGUGGAGCAGUGGGGCCCGUCGAGUCCGCCUCAAAAAUGUUUAAUGGACGCAUCAGGAAGGAGCUACUUUCCCAGAAGUGCCCGGGGCGGAUGUGGAGUGGAAUUUCACAAUUUGAGGAGUUCACCGUUUUGGCCUUGGUCAUGAACCGGUUGUACCAUAACGACCGCGUCGAACCAUACAAAAUCUAUUCAAGGUCCAUUGCACUCAGAUGGGUAAGUAAAGGAUCAAAAUAUGCGUGGCGGUGGUCCGUUCGGGAGACAGAGUUCAGAACGCUUAUAACUACGCAAUGGGCGGACUCGUGAGCUGUCCGGGAAUCGUGAUGAGGUUUACUGGUCCAUUCCUUAUCAUGUUUGCAGAAGUGUUUGUGGACCCCCUCAGGAUUUUCUUCCCCACGACAUCGGGGGAAGACUGCGAGCAAGUUUGGCCAGCGCACUGCCAAAUUGAAAUAUCUAUCUUGGUGAAGCAUUUUACCAUUAUGUUUAAUGUGUAAUGUUGUCCCGUGUAGAUUCCAAGAAACAGGAGGCUUUACCCGGCAGCCAAUGCAAUGUGAUCGCAGACGCGAGAGAGGAUGGUGCGCCUGCUGGGCAGGAUUAAGGACACCGGGAAAAGGCUCCGGCGGAGCCUGGAGGCACUCGAGAAGUGCGCCGAGAGCCCCCUGGUGGAUAAGGUCGACUAUAUAAUUGCGGAAGAUAAAGGUGCAGUAAGGUCUUCGAAUUCGACGAGUGAAGUUUUUAGCACAAAGCAGUACAGAGGGGAAAUUUUGGAUCAAAAAUUGGACUGCUUGCAAGUCCACUGCCUUUGGUAUUUUUGUUUAGAACAGAAAUAUGCAAUCAGAGCGCAAAUACUACUUGCACAUGCACUGCUUGUGUUAUGAGAAUUACCUAAAAACUGCUUUGCUCUAGAAACAAUUUCCGCUUUGUCUUGGAAGGAAGUGAAGUGAAAAAGGGAGAAGGGAAUUUUCAGAACAAGUUUGUUGCAGUUUUUAGAAAACCACAAUUUUUUCAAUUUUUAUCAGAGAGGAUAGAAUUGUACUCCAAAUCGGUGACGAACUAAUAAA